AAGCAAAAACAAUUGACACUGACAGAAUCAUUGCAACUGCAACUUUGAUCGUUAAUAUUUCCGUUUGGGGUCACCAUUAUGCCGGCAGUUAUCAAGAAUGUACAUCUUAAAUUUGUCAAGAAUAUUCUUGUAGAAUUCUGCCCUUGGCAAGCAAAUGUGGAGUCUGCGAGGCAGUUUCAGAGUAGAAUUGCCAAUUUCGCCACCCGACAGACAAAUAUGAAGUGUGCAAUCAAGACCAAAGUGAAGAAUGAUGGAACUCUGCCGUCAAUCACGAUAUUAUUUGAUGACGGGAAACAACUGAUCUUCAAAAGCAGCUACCUCACAUCCACAGAAAUGCUGCAGAGGUUUGGCACCCUGAAUCUCCAGCGUGAGAAAGCCCUCGAACAGUCUGACGCAGGGAGGUAGCGCCUCAGCCAAGGAACCCGACUAUAAGUGGGGGCGGGCUGACGUCAUC